CUUCCAACUUUAGAACACAUAUGUAGCAAUGCUGCUACAGUUUACCUUUCUAUCUUUUGGCCUAAUCAUUUAUUCUCAUAUUUUUCUUUAAACUAGAAAGUUCAGAAUCCAAAUAUAAUAGCAUCUCCUUCUCUCUGGAGGCCCUAUUACAGCAAUGGUUUUGGUUGAUAACCAUGCUGGAAAAGAUGGUGCAGAAGAUGGUAAUCUGGUUGAUUUUCGAGGAAACCCGGUCGAUAAGUCUAGGACAGGGGGAUGGCUAGCUGCAGGACUUAUCCUAGGAACUGAGCUAUCAGAAAGGGUAUGUGUUAUGGGGAUUUCGAUGAAUUUAGUCACAUACUUGGUUGGAGAUUUACAUCUUCCAUCCUCCAAAUCUGCCAACAUUGUCACCAAUUUCAUGGGGACACUUAAUCUUCUUGGUCUUCUAGGUGGUUUCUUGGCAGAUGCUAAACUCGGACGUUAUCUGACUGUUGCAAUCUUUGCUUCAAUUGCUGCUGUGGGGGUUGCGCUGUUGACACUGGCGACAUCCAUUCCAAGCAUGAAGCCCCCUGAAUGUAACCCAAGAAAAGGUGGUCACUGCAUUGAAGCCAGUGGCCAGCAGCUUGCUCUUCUCUAUACGGCGCUAUACAUCCUAGCUCUUGGUGGUGGUGGAAUCAAGUCAAAUGUCUCCGGGUUUGGUUCAGACCAAUUUGACUCAUCAGAUCCCAAGGAGAACAAGUCCAUGAUAUAUUUCUUCAACAGAUUCUAUUUCUGCAUAAGCCUUGGUUCUCUGUUUGCAGUGACUGUGUUGGUGUAUUUACAAGACAAUGUAGGAAGAGCAUGGGGAUAUGGGAUAUCAGCAGGCACAAUGGUCCUCGGAGUCGCUGUAUUGAUUGGUGGAACGACGUUGUAUAGAUUCAAGAAGCCUCAAGGAAGUCCUUUGACUAUCAUAUGGAGGGUUCUACUUUUAGCUUGGAGGAAAAGAAAGCUUACCUACCCUUCUGAUCCUGGCUUCUUGAAUGAAUAUCACAAUGCAAAAGUCCCACAUACACAUAUGUUGAGGUGUCUUGACAAGGCAGCCAUUCUUGAUGACUCUGCAGCUGCAAAUGAGGAUAGCAAGAGCCCGUGGAUAGUUUCAACGGUUACAGAAGUCGAAGAAGUGAAAAUGGUGCUUAAAUUGAUUCCCAUAUGGUCUACAUGCAUACUUUUUUGGACAGUAUACUCUCAGAUGAACACCUUCACCAUUGAACAAGCUACCUUCAUGAUCCGGAAAGUUGGCAACUUUGCCGUCCCUGCAGGCUCCUUAUCCGUCUUUCUCUUUAUUAGCAUACUUCUCUUUACUUCCAUAAAUGAAAGAGUCAUUGUACGUAUCGCCAGAAAAAUCACUCACAACACCCAAGGAAUCACAAGCCUUCAGAGAGUUGGAAUUGGACUACUACUCUCUAUUGUUGGUAUGGUAGCUUCAGCUUUGGUAGAAAAACGCCGGAGGGAACAUGCCAUCCAUCACAAGUUCAAUAUAAGCGCGUUUUGGUUAGUCCCUCAAUUCUUCAUUGUAGGUGCUGGGGAAGCUUUUGCCUAUGUAGGACAGCUAGAAUUUUUCAUCAGGGAGGCACCCGAAGGGAUGAAAUCUAUGAGCACGGGCCUAUUUCUCAGCACACUCUCGAUGGGAUAUUUCGUGAGUAGCUUGCUAGUGUCAAUUGUACAGAAAGCAACAAAAGGAAGAUGGCUUAAAAGCAAUUUAAACAAAGGAAAGCUGGAUUUAUUCUACUGGUUGCUAGCAGUUCUUGGAGUAAUUAAUUUCUUGAUUUUCAUUGCAUUUUCAAUGAAACACCAAUACAAGGUGCAGAACCUUAGCAGUAUUGAUGAUUCUGCGGAAGAGCUUGGGAAUUGGAAGGAUUUGACCCUCGACAACAAGGAAAAGAAACUCGAAGCAGACGAGAAGGUGGAAGCUUAAAUACAGCAUAUUAGCUUUCAACGAAUCAUUCAUUUCCAGAGUUUGUACUAUAGGACCGUAUUCAGUUAUCAAAGACAUCAAUAGUACAAAUUUGC